AGAUUAGUUCUAUAUAUAGAAAAGUAGUGAAGGCGAACAAAUAGAUGAUACUUAUGGUGUUAAAAUAAACUGUGAAACAGUACAGGAUUUACUUUUCAAAUUUUAAUAAAAAUUACCAUGAAAAUUUGAAAUAAAACGCGAACGAACACGUCUAUCGAUAGUCGCCCAGCUGAUGCGUAUUUAUUUAUGGUCAAAAUAUAGUUAUCAGCGGAAUUUCAUUUGAAUUUCAUUAGAUUAGUCAUAUACGUCAUGGGCCAACGUCUUGUGUGGUUAUCUAUAUAAACGAUUGCGCCGUAGUGUUUUGGACUUUUAGUUUCAAUUUCCUUUACGAAAGAACUCGGAAACCACGUGCUAUAUCGUCGAACCCCCGCGAAUUAUUAUUAUAUUCGAUCCGGAUUUAACCGAUAACGAGCUGGCCAAAUAAAAAAUCAAAGGCACGGUUUGUUAAUGGAUUUUCUAUUUACGCCCCGUAACGAAGCCAACUAAUAAUCUAGUGAUAAGGCGAAAUCGCAACCGGUGCUCCCUAGUCCGUAUACCGAAUUCCGUACUUAUUUGUUACUAUCAAGUGAGCCAUGGCCGCGAACGGAACGGCGAUUCCCACCCUGAAGACCAAUGGUCAUGAGAGGCUAACCUCGCUGGACAAGAGUAUGCCCCCGGCAUCACCCACUCUGCCGAGUCCCACCAUCCGGCGAAACAAAAGUGACGGGAAGCUGAUGGCCCAGGAUGUGAAGGAAGCCCGAGUAAAGGUCAUCUAUACGGGCGGAACCAUCGGAAUGGUGCGCAACGAACGGAAUGUGCUGGCUCCCAUUCCCAAUGCCCUGGUGCGAAGUAUUCGCAAAUAUCCCAACAUUCACGACGAGGACUACGCUUUGCGUCGCUUUGGAGCAUCUGCAUCGAUGGCUCCGCUAGUUCUGCCCUUCGUUCAGGGCGUGGAUCGUAGGAUUAUUUACCAGAUCACGGAAUACACACCUCUGCUGGACAGCAGCAAUAUGACGAUGAACGAUUGGGCCAGAAUAGCCAGCGAUAUUCAGCAAUCCUACGAGUUCUUCGAUGGUUUUGUGGUGCUCCAUGGCACCGACACACUUUCCUACACAGCCUCUGCAUUGUCCUUCAUGCUGGAGAACCUGGGCAAGACGGUGAUCAUCACGGGCUCCCAAAUUCCAAUCUUCGAGACGCGAACCGAUGGCAAGGACAAUUUUACCUCAGCAUUGAUUAUAGCCGGCAACUAUGUGAUUCCGGAGGUUUGCAUCUUCUUUGGGCACAAGUUGAUGCGCGGCAAUCGAACGGUGAAGGUCAGCUCGAAUGCCCUGGAUGCCUUCGAUUCACCGAAUGUGCCACCGCUGGCGAGGAUCGGCAUCGAUGUGAAUGUGGACUAUCGUCUGAUCUUUCGGCCGUGCAGCAUAGAAAGGUUCAGCGUUCACUUAAAUCUAGAUGAGAAUGUGGGUUUGUUGCGAAUCUUUCCCAGCAUUUCGCACUCCACAUUUCGGGCAUUCCUGGCGCCGCCAAUUCGAGGUGUUGUCCUGCAAUCGUUCGGAUCUGGUAAUAUCCCAUCGAACCGAAAGGAUCUGAUCGAUGAACUGCGGGCGGCCGCCGAGCGGGGCGUGAUCAUCAUCAAUUGUACGCAGUGUCCCAAUGGAACAGUGGCGGAGAUCUAUGAUACGGGCAAGGUGCUCUGCGAUGUGGGCGUGAUUCCCGGCUUCGAUAUGACGCCCGAGGCGGCGCUGUCCAAGCUGGCCUAUGUGAUCGGCAAGGAGGAGUGGUCACUGGAGGUCAAGAAGGAGAUGAUGCAGUCAAACAUAAGGGGCGAACUGACCUCCUUGAAGGCUCCAAAGAUGGAGGACUACGACCUGGUGGAUGCGGUGGCCAGAUCAUUGCACUUAUCUUCGCCGCAGGAACUGGAUCAGCUGGGCGAAACCCUCUUUCCGGCGAUGAUAAAUGCCGCUGUGGCAGAGGGUGAUCCCAAAAAGAUUAAUAAUCUGAAGGCCUAUGGUGCCGAUUUAUCGGGCACGAAUCAUGACCAGCGGACUGCCUUGCACUUGGCCUGUCAGCUGGGCAACGUGGAGAUCGUGAAGUACCUUCUACAGAAUGGAGUGUCCGUGCAUGUGAGGGACCGCUAUGAUCGCACUCCGCUGCUGGAGGCCGUGUCAACCGAUAGCCACGAGAUUAUCCAGCUGCUCAUCAAUUGUGGCGCCCACCUGACCGGAUCUUCGCGAGCGGUUGGCGAGCAGCUGUGCGCGGCAGCUGCUCGAGGAUCGUUGGUCAGGCUGAAGUCCUAUCAAUAUGCCGGUGCCGAUCUCGCCCAGGCGGAUCCUUCGGGCAGGACGGCCCUGCAUGUGGCAGCGCUGCAUGGUUUCCCGGAGGUGGUGCAAUAUGUUCUGCCCUAUUUCGAGAAUACCAACGAGAAGGACAUGCUGGGGCUGACAGCCUUGGACUACGCGGAGCGCGGUGGACAUGCAGCGGUUAUAGAGGCUCUAAAAAAGUAGAGAAUAACUCAGGAAUUUCUCGUACAAAUCUCUUCCGAAUCAUAACUCAAAUUGUUCCUUAGCGCAUACAAAAAAAAACAUCUUAAACUAAUGGAUUUUUUUCUCCCAGAUUUUCAAACUAAAAUCUCUAGAGACUUUUGUGACACCCCAAGUCUCGAUAUUCAGUACU